AUGUGCGGCACCGACAUCUUCCUCGCCGCUCUCAGCAUCCUCUUCCCUCCCAUCGGCGUCUGGGUGAAACGCGGCAUCUGCAGCGCCGACUCCCUCAUCAAUCUCGCCCUCUGCUGUCUCGGUUUCCUCCCCGGGCUGCUGCACACCUGGUACAUCAUCUACAGCUACCCGGACCCGACCUCCUACGAGCCCGUCGCCAGCGACAGCGCCGAAAGCCGCGUCACAUACUACUACGUCGCGCCCGGCGCGCCGCCGACGCGGCGACCGCACCAGCAGCCGCAGUACUUGCCACAGCAACCGCAGCAUCCACAAGGCUAUGGAACGGUAGCGGGCAGCCAGCCCAGCGCGGGACAGUUCCCGGGACAGCAGGCCGGCGCGAUGCCGUUCCAGACGCCGAAGGGGCUGCCGACUGUGUCGAGGGGGCAGGAGGGUGGCGAGGGGAGUGCACCGCCGCCGCCGAGUUAUCAGGAUGCGGUUAAGGGGGACCAUAAGGUGCAGAGCCAUGAUUAG